AUGGCAGCUUUCAAAGUUGCAAAAAUUAUUUUGGGUCUGGUUUUCCUGGGAGUUGUUGGAUCUGUAUUAUCUCAAGAGACUCCAGAACAAUUGUCGCGAGAAGAGAUUGUAGGAAUGUUUCCUUUAGCUGCAGAACACGAAUAUGAAAUUGUACCUAUUCAUAAAUCAAGAUUACAAAAAAGAGCUCUUAAUGGAGGAUUCCAUCUCACACUCACAGCUUUUGGUGAAAAUAUCAAGUUAUGGCUCAAUCCUCAAGAAGGAACCCUAGCAUCUUAUCAAACUCGAGUUUGGCUUCUACGUAACCGUGACCAAUUAAUUGAACAACCAAAUUACAUGAGGCAAAUCAUCCCACGAAUGUAUCAAGAUCAUGCUAGCGCUGCUACUCUUUACAUUGAUAAUCUUAAACAAGGAGCUAUACAAUUGUACGGAGCAAUUGGUAACAAUCAAUAUUAUGUCCAACCAUUUCCAAAUGGUAAUUAUCGAAGAUAUCCUAGAUCAGCUGAUAAUAAUACUGAAGCUUUCCCAGAUCAUCAGUAUCAUAUUGUUUAUAAGGUACCAGAUGGGCGACAAUAUCUGAACAAAUUACUAAAUCCUCUGCAAAAUCUUUGGAAUAAUCAGCCUAAUAAAUAUUCCCAAAUUAAUACGGUUUACCCUGAAAUAAUGGUGGUCAUUGAUUACCCAUUAUUUCAAAAGAUGAAUUAUAGUUUAGACUUUGCUGUACGAUAUACAUUGGCAUUUUUCAACGCAGUUGAUCUUAAAUACCGUUCUUUUGAUACUCCUAAAUAUAGACUGAACGUUGCUGGAAUAAUUGUUGCUGCUGACCCAGAGGCUCUUCCUUAUGCUCAAGAGGUUUACUAUAAUACCAAACCUGCCUUGUUGAAUGCUGAUGUUCUACUACAACAAUCUGAACCAUGGAUGGGAUGGUUGGGACAGAUGAUUGGACAUGACUCUUUUGAUACUGCUAUUACUCUAACUUCGCGAACUCUUUGCGUUAAUAAACCAGGCGGAUGUUUCCCAGGCAGUAUUGGAUAUGCUAAUGUAGGACUGUAUUGUAAACCAUUUAGAGCACCAAAUGAUCCAAACCGACUAUGGAGACGGGGCCAUGGUGUAGUUUAUGAUUUUGCAGAUUUCGAAGGCAUUCGGACAACUGCUCAUGAGCUGGGUCAUUUAUUUGGAGUUAAUCAUGACGGUGAUAAUUGGAAGAAUCAAAACUGUGAUGCUAAUAAAGGUCAUAUUAUGACUCCAAGUGUUAAAUUUACAGAUAAUGGUUCAGAAUGGUCUUACUGUUCCUUAACAGAGUUCCAAGAGUACCUCAACAAUAAAGAACCAACUUGUCUAUUUAAUCAACCGAAAGGAACUGGAGACAAAAUAUCACGAUUUUUACCAGGACAAAUGAUGGAUGCUAACCAACAAUGUUUUCACUAUGUUGGAACAAGAGCACAUGUAAUCAAUGAAAGUAUAUGCCGGUCGCUUGCAUGUGUAGAUCCUAAUAGACCUGGGUAUUACAUCCAAUCAUUCGAAGCUGCUGAAGGCACUCGAUGUGGACCGAAGAGUAUAUGCCUACAUAGCAAGUGUGUGCCUUUGGCAAGCAUUCAAUAA